ACGGCGUCUCGCUGGCAUUUCUCGAGCGUGUUCACAGUGACUGGCGUCACGACAUAAAAUAAAUUAUCGGUAACUACAAGAUAAAAACAGGAAGUGAACCGUAACAGACUGAUAAUAUUUGAGGAUAAAUAUGUCCUUUGCAGCUGUUGACCGCCAAUCUAAAAGUUCUGCGAUGAGUGACAUUUGAACUACCGACUAGUUACACUGUGCAAAAUGAAGUUUAAUUGUGAGCUAAACUUCUCCCUAGUGUUUGUCUUGUUGGCGUUUGGAUUAUUGAAAACAGUGCUGUGCGUCCGAAUCAACAGGCUGAAUGUACCGGAAGUGGCGCAACUGGGGGAUCCCGUGGUCCUGGAUUGCGACUACACCUUGGAGGAGUCCUUAGACGAUGGACUUGUAGUUAAGUGGUUCUUCAAUGAAAAACCUUUGCCGGUGUAUCAGUGGAUACCGAAUAAAAAACCGCAGGAGCGAGGUAUCCUUAAAGGAAGACUUAAUCUGAACUAUUCCGCUAGCAAGGACACGAACAGCGUCCACAGGGCUCUACACAUUAUCGAACCAGGUCCAGAUCUUUCAGGGAAUUAUACGUGUAUGGUAUCCACGUUCACCAGCGAGGACAGGAAGACAAAGGGGAUGCUUGUAUUAGUUCCAGAAAAGAACCUGGAGCUGCGUCAGGAGUACAUCGGCAACCAAAUGUUCCAGUUAAUGUGCUACGCGGAGGGCGUCUUUCCCAAGCCGAGUAUGAGCCUGCACAUCGGCAACAGUGAAGUCAACAACACCAAAGUCGUCGUGCAAGAAAGAAACGGGCUGUACGACAUCAAAGCUGUGGCUGAAAUACCGUCUCUGGAGGCGCCGGAGGAAUUUUCCUGUGAGCUUCACAUCCCCCAAGCCAAUUAUACAGUUAGAAAAGAAGCUAUUUACUACCCAGUCAAUGGAGGAGACACCGUCUUCAAGAUAUCUUUCCUGCUGCAAUGCAUCCUGGUAACAUUUUUUCAUCUACCCUUGCGUUUUGGUUAAAGUCCCAUCUUCAAGCCAAAACCAUAAUUCUCUAAAUAUUUUCUAUAUUUGUGUAUAUUAUAAUAUGAAAUGUUAUAAAUCCUUAAAUAAAUUGUGUACAUUUUCUAAAA